CAGUAACCGCAGCAGAAAAAUCUCUCCCCUCGCUCUCUCUCUCACUUCCCCCAAAUAUUAAAAAGGAAAAACCAACGGUGCUGAUAAACCUCACUCUCUCAUCCCAGUCGUCUCCUCUCUCCUUUCUUCUCCAGCGUCCGAUCUAAACUCCUCCCUGCAAUCUCCAUCUCUCGCGCCAAAUAAAAUCAAACAGUUGAGCUAGGGUUUCAAUGGCGGAAGCCCCUGUGAGUCCAGGCGGCGUCAGCCACGAGAGCGGCGGCGACGGGAGCGGAAGUCCGCGCUCGAACGUUCGGGAGCAGGAUCGGUUCCUCCCGAUCGCCAACAUCAGCCGAAUCAUGAAGAAGGCGCUUCCUCCUAACGGGAAAAUCGCCAAGGAUGCCAAGGAAAUCGUCCAGGAUUGCGUUUCUGAGUUCAUCAGCUUCAUCACCUCUGAGGCGAGUGACAAGUGCCAGAGAGAGAAGAGGAAGACGAUUAACGGUGAUGAUUUGCUCUGGGCAAUGGCGACUUUGGACUUUGAGGAUUAUAUCGACCCCCUCAAAGUUUACCUCGCCAAAUACAGAGAGGUGGAGGGUGAUACCAAGGGUUCAGGGAAAGGUGGAGAUUCAUCUUCUAAGAAAGAUGUUCAGCCAAGUCCAAACCCUCAGCAGAUUUCUCACCAAGGUUCUUUCUCCCAAGGAGGGAACUACUCAAAUUCUCAAAACCAGAACAUGAUAACUCCUCUGCAAGGAUCAGAGUAGAUCGAGUCUUCUUGAAGCUACAGAACAAUUUAGCUGCCCGUUUGAGAUGAUCUCGUCCCGUGCGCGGAACAAACAGCGACGAAUAACUUGUUAAAUUAUUUCCGUUGUGAAAGCUAUAAUUCGAGGGUAGUAUUAGUGAUUUCAUUCGCGUCCGUUAGUAUUUACUUUACUGGUAUGGUUUUUAUGGUAAGGAGUUUAUUUAAGUUGAAUGUCUGGUAUUUUAAAUCUCAGGAGGAUCUGUUUUCUUCUGAUUUGUAGACUUUAUGGCAUUGUUCCUGUUACCAAACCGUGUAGGAAAUAUUAUUUACUUCCAAAUUCUAUAGUAUAUUUUAAUUUUUGUUA